UUCCAUACCAGAAGAACUCUUCAACAUCUCUACGCUAAGAGUGAUGUCACUUGAAUUAAAUAACCUUUCGGGUUGUCUUCCAUCUGCUUCAGGCUACUGGUCGACAAAUCUAGAGCUUUUGAAUCUCGGUGCAAACAACAUUGGUGGAGUUAUACCCAGCUCAAUCUCCAAUUCCUCAAAUCUAAAGAAAUUAUAUCUCGAUCAUAACAAAUUGAGUGGCAAAAUUCCUAACUCGUUGGGGAAUUUGAGACAACUUGAAGUUCUGGGUUUGUUCAAUAAUAACUUAUCGUCUCCUCAUCUGAGUAUCUUAACUUCAUUGGUGAACUGCAGAUCUUUAACACGUAUAGCAUUAUGGGAUAAUCCUCUGAAUGGUGUUCUUCCAGAUUCCAUUGGUAAUCUCUCCACUUCUCUUGAACGGUUUUAUUUAAAUCAUUGUGAAAUUAGGGGCCAAAUACCGUUAGGAAUUGGGAAUUUAAGUAACUUAUUCACUUUGUCCCUAUUCGGCAAUGAAUUGACGGGAUCAGUGCCAAGAGCAUUAUGUAAUUUACAUAAUCUUCAAAGUUUAAGGCUUAGUGAUAAUAGGUUAAGUGGACCCUUGCCGGAGUGCCUUUGCAAAUUGCCGGAGUUGGGCUAUGUUAAUUUGUCAUCUAAUCAAAUUUUGGGUCAGAUACCGUAUUGCAUCGGUAACAUUACCUCUUUGAGAAAGAUUUAUCUAUAUUCAAAUAGGCUCACUAACGUACCCAUGAGUCUAUGGAGCCUCAAAGAUCUUUUGGAUCUUGACUUGUCAAAUAAUUCUAUGGUUGGUUCAUUGCCUCCUGAUUUCGGUAACCUGAAUCACAUAACAUUCAUAGAUCUAUCAAGGAAUCACCUUUCAGGAAGUAUUCCCUCCACAGUUGGAGACUUGCAGUAUCUAGUUUAUCUUUCUUUGGCUUAUAAUGAGUUACAAGGAUCUAUUCCGGAGUCACUCGGGAAAAUGAUAAGUUUGGAAUCAGCGAAUCUAUCCAACAACAUUCUUUCAGGUACGAUUCCAAAAUCACUAGAGUCACUCCGAUAUCUGAAGGAUUUCAAUGUAUCAUUCAAUAGAUUAGAAGGUGAAAUUCCAAGUAAAGGACCUUUUCUUAAUUUCACCUCUCAAUCGUUUAUGGGAAAUGAAGAGUUGUGCGGCAAUUUUCUUUUCCGGCCUUGUAUGACUAGGUCUUUUCACCAGUCAAGGAGAAGCAAAUUGCUUCUGAUUAUAAUUGUCGCAUUGGUAGCUGCACUAAUGGUACUUGGCUCAAUUGUCGUGUUUAUGUUAAGGAGACGUGGAAAUAGAAAUGUUCCAACUCAAGCCGUAUCCUUACCUGCAAGAACAACACUAGCAAGCAUUUCAUACAUUGAAGUUGAAAGGGCAACUCAAGGGUUCGACCAAUGCAACUUGCUAGGCUGUGGAGGUUAUGGCUCUGUUUACAAGGGCAUCUUUGCAAAUGGGAUGGUUAGGGCAAUCAAAGUGUUUAAUUUACAGAUUGAAGGUGCAUUCAAGAGUUUUGAUUCUGAAUGCGAAGUUCUACGCAACCUUCGCCAUAGGAAUCUUACCAAAGUUAUCACCAGUUGUACUAACUUGGAUUUUAAAGCUUUACUUCUAGAGUACAUGCCCAAUGGAAGCCUUGAGCAGUGGUUACAUUCUGAUGGUUACUUCUUGAAUAUGAUCCAAAGAUUAGAAAUAAUGAUUGAUGUUGCAUCUGCUUUGGAAUAUCUCCAUCAUGGUUAUGCCACAGUCGUUGUACAUAGUGAUUUGAAGCCUAGCAACGUCUUGCUAGACGAAACGCUGAUUGGACAUGUGAGUGACUUUGGCCUGGUCAAGUUAUUGGGAGAAGGGGAAUCUAUUGCUCAUACUAAAACACUUGCUACAAUGGGCUACAUUGCACCAGAGUAUGGAUUAGUAGGAUUGGUUUCUCGAAGAUCUGAUGUGUACAGCUACGGCAUUAUGCUCAUGGAAACUUUCACAAGGAGAAGGCCAUAUGAUGAAAUGUUUCACGAAAAUUUGAGUAUGAGGAGUUGGAUUUGUAAUUCACUACCUGUCGCACCACAUGAUAUUAUUGAUGCCUCCUUAUGGGAACCUGAAGAGACUGAUUUUAAGAAGAAGUUGCAUUGUGUGUCCUCUAUUUUGGAGUUGGCAUUGAAUUGCACAGUUGAAUCUCCUAAUGAGAGGCUGAAUAUGAAAGAUGUCCUUCCAAUUAUCAAGAAGAUCAAGCAUGAAUUCCUUCGCAAAUGAUGUAACAGGGUUUAUGCAACGGUACUGCGGCCUUUUCGGCUUUAGCAAAUUUGGUGACCGCAAUUGAGAUGACAACGAAUAUUUGGUCCGAGAAUUGAACUUUCUUAUUUCUUGUGCUUUUCUCUUGUGCAAGUUUCAAGUUUUGAGUGUAUGUGUGUCAAAUAACUUUAAUAUAUAUGAUGAGUACUAAAACAGUGUAAGAUGAUGAACUACAAGCUUGGCUCUUUUGGUUACCAAGUUGAAAGGAAUUGUCCCAAUGAAACAGCUCAACUGUAGAUUGAAAGCCCAAAUACAAUCCAUAUUUUUCACUCACUCGAAAUUGAUGUAUAACGUAGAUCCUAAUUGUGGAAAACACUGAAAGACUGAACCCGCCCGAUCAUCAUUACUUGGGAACUCCUAU